AUGUUAAUUGUUUUGCAGAUCAAGAAAAUGUUUUCUUUACGUAAGUUAGCUUACUAUGUUUGCGACGAAGAAGAAAGAACAUUUUAUGACGACUUAGAGACGAUCAAAAUCGACAUUCAACAUUGUUGUAGUGAUUUAUUGACAUUUUUACAAAAUUUGACAAAUUCAAAUAAUAUGGAUGACAAUAUUGAUUUAAACUAUGGCGAAUACUCGAUGAUUGAGAAGGCCUCAGCUAGUGUACAUCUGGAGUGCUUGACGUUCGCCGAAAGUCGCGGGUUCCCAUAA